CAGCGGCUACGAAAAGGCAGUUAACAGCUAUCUCUACAGCUGCCUCUCAUAGUCCUGCUCAUUUCUAACACUGGACACUACACUUAGUAUAGGUGCACUGUACUAAUUUCAGUAGAGAAUGCUUCCAAAAUUUGUCUGUAAUUUAGCGGCUACGCUAUCCUACCCUCCGUGGAAAACUACAUUGGAUUGGGACCUCCAUACAACAAUGCAGUGGGAGAGGCGCAUACCAUUUCACCUCUACGUCCGUCGUAGCCCUGUUGUAUUCUGCGGCCAGAAAAAACCCAACCUGCUCUCGCGUUUCUGUACGCUUCCAGCUGAGCUCCAGGUCCGCAUACUUGCUUUCUGCUCAGCGGAUACCCUCUUCCAGCUCAUGCAUGUGUCUUCUACCCUCCGCGUAGAAGCAUCAAAGCUCUUUUGGGCAGAUCCAACCCGAUUUUUUCUGGUCAAAGCAGACUGGCUGCUAGAUGGAGGCUACCCUGGCUACACAUGCUACGACCUAGCUUUCCUAAAACAUGUGCAGCAAGUCGAGAUCAAGUACCUUCCUAGAAACGACGAUGCUAUAUGUCCUCAAGAAGACGGAGCGGUCCUGGUCCGAUAUGAUCUAAUAACCACUUUCUGGAGAAGCUUCACGCAAAGAUUUCCAAAUGCAACAAGGGUGAUAAUUAACCAGAACUGGACAACACCUCCGUGUUGGCAAGACACUUACCCUGUUGCGCAGCCAGUGCGUAUGUUAAUCUCAUCCUGCCCUCCAGGACUCGAAAUUUCUGCUCUAAUCCUAGAGCAAGUGCCUUUUGCCGUUAACUCUGGCGUAAUGCCAGCUGCUGAGAGAUGGUACCGGUCGCUUUACCAGGCUACAGCGGACGGCGGAUGGGCAGGAACUCGGUUAAACAGGCUUCCUGUAACGGUACUAAUGCCAACAAAGCGAUUGGAUGGGCCCGUUGGGGAAUUUAAAGCACUUGGACAUAGGUGCACAAGCGUGUUGCUUAAACGAAACGCCCUCUGGCCUCUUAUAAUUGAAGCGAUCGAUCGGCACUAUUUUGACGGUACAAAAGAUGAUCCUUUCUUUUGCCCAUUCCCUAGCUGCAGCGCACGCUUUGCAAGAGCAGGGGAAUGGACAAUCCAUGCCAUAGUCUGGCAUGCGCAAGAGUGGAGAACAGGACGACAAAUGGACAUCUUGCCAGAUAAGCUGAAGGUUGCUUUUGCAGAAAAAGCAACUACUUUAGAGAAGGAGCUGGAGCAGAUAGACAAGCUAUAUAAGGAACUUUCAAAAGACUGGAACGAAGAAGAUGGGCAAAGACAAAGAGAAUUAGAGCGAGGCUGGAUGACUCAGCUAGAAGUUGACGAGGCUUGGGAAACAGGAAAGAAUCCAAGAGAGAGCAGGCUUUGGGCAGAGUUUCUAGAACAGAUGGACUCUUAUAGAGCCACUUAGUAGCAGAUAGCUUAAUAGCUAGACACGUAAAGUGAAAGGAGGUUAACCCUAUAUCAGCCUCUUCACAGCCUCGCAGUACUGUACUCGUACCUGGGGAUGAUCUGCUGCCAUGACUGUCCUGAAGUCGGUAACCUUGAUCGAUAUGGGUGAUGUAAGAAGUUGGUGGGGGAAAGUCAGGUCAACCUUUGUAUCCUAUCAGCAGCGAGAGUUUGCUAGUUUGAAGGCACAUACGGAAUUUGGGAAUGAAAAAGAACCAUUGACCUACUCAUUGUAUGGGAAGGAACACAACGAUUCGAUAUGUGAAAAGCAAGAUGGUAUAUACACUACAUAGACGGAAUACAAGAAC